CUCAGAGCUCAGACUGAAUUUGUUUUUAAACAAAAAGUACAUAUUUUUACUUCGAAAUUUGGGAGCAGGAAGUAGAAAUUCCAAAAUGGCCUUUCAUUUCAGCGCGCAGCAGUUUGAGGGCCGAUUCGAGUCGAAGCGCCUCAACAAUUGGGAGUACCCGCGAUUCUCACCACCCCGCCCACGAGGACUCAAGAAGAACGCCAAGGUCGUGGCCGCCAACAACGGACACCUGCUGCCCGGAGUGAAAAAGGAGGGCAACUCCUUUGGCCAAUAUCGCGGGACCUACGAACUGCCGCGCCGGAUAUCGCGUAGCUUCUGUGCCCACUACGAUGCCUGUUUGAGUGGGCGUUACAAGUUCAUCGGCUAUCCGCGGGACCUUUGCAGCUGCCAGCGGGAGAACCGAAGGGCCCUGGCCUGUGACCAGCGGACGACCUUGGGCCAGGAGGGCGAUCCCCACUGGAUGCGCCAGCGGUGCCAGACCAAGUGCGAGGGCCUCCAGAAGAUCAAGGAACUGCACGAGCGGAGCCAGCGCUGCAAGCGCGCCAAGUGCCAAGUGGUGACCGAAAAGACCGUGAAGAUGCCCCCAAAGGUGUCCAAGGUGGCGUGUGUGGCCAUCGAAAAGAGGCGUCGAAAGCGAACAAUUACCGCCUUUGCCAAAAGUCGGCCUGCGAUGCAUGCCAAUGAGUCCAUGGCUUCCUAUGAGGGACGCCAUAAACCCAAUCCGGUUCCGGAUAAAACGGCAUCAGCCACUGCUCCUGCCAAGCCGAAGGAUAAACCAAAGGACAAAGGCAAGGACAAGAACAAAACCAAGGAUAAGGGCAAGGACAAGGAGCGCAAGGGAUCGAAGGGCCAUUAGAACCAUUUGGAAAAUCAGAAAUCAGUUAAAAUUAUAUCGUUUUAUUUACUAAA